AUACUCUCUCCGUCUCCGGUAUACAACAUGUUCGUUUGCGCACAGCUCAAUUAUGGAGAUGUUUCCGCUGCUUGGCCCUCAUGACGGCUCAUUUGCCAGAGCCAACGACUGGCGAGAAUGAACGAGGCGCGAGUCAUACGAGUGUGCGCGAGGGGCGCGCGUGCAGACUACUGUUUACUGGUAAUAGCUUGAGACGAGGCACACAGCUGUGUGAAUUCGCCGUUGUUUUUCUUCCAGUGGCUCAAUGUGAUGGGAUGAGGAAACUGUAAAGACAUCGCAACGUGAAUACAUUUGAUGGAAAAGAAGAUAAUGCAUAAUGUGUCGCACUAGAUAAAUCUUGAAGCCCUCUCACAAAGACUAUUGCGAAGGAAUGCAGUCAUAAAGGAGCAAUGCUUUGAACUUGAAGGACCACCAUCGCUUCGUUUCCAAGAAGCAGUACAAAAUUGCAGGGUAAACAUGUAGCAGAUGAAAAAUAGGCAGAAAUUUGUCUGAGCUUGGAUCGUACAGCUGAUAUUGGAGUGUGCUGAAGCGCGCUACUUUGGCAUCUUUGUUUGGCACCGACUGCUAAAACUUCCACAAUGGCUCUGGUUAUGGAACCAGUAAGCAGGUGGACAACAAGGCAGGUGGUUGAUUGGAUGAAAGGUUUGGACGACUGUCUACAGCAGUACAUUAAGAACUUUGAGCAGGAGAAGGUGGGUGGGGAACAGCUGUUGAGAAUCACCCAUCAGGAGCUUGAGGACCUGGGAGUCUCUCGAAUUGGCCACCAGGAACUCAUUCUGGAGGCAGUGGACUUGCUUUGUGCAUUGAACUAUGGACUAGAGACAGAGAACCUAAAGACGCUCACCCAUAAGCUGAACGCAUCAGCCAAGAACCUGCAGAACUUCAUAACGGGUCGGCGGAGGGGAGGUCACUAUGAUGGCAGAGCCACACGAAAACUUCCUAAUGACUUCCUGACCUCUGUAGUGGACCUCAUUGCUGCUGCCAAGAGCCUGCUGGCAUGGUUGGAUAGGUGUUACUUCUUUAUCAGGUCUCCGUUCGCUGCCGUAGCAGACUACUCAAUGACCAGGAAUAAUGUGAUACAGCUGUGUCUUGAGUUAACCACAAUAGUUCAGCAGGAUGGCACAGUGUAUGAGACCGAAAAUAAGAUACUGAAUGUGUGUAAGGCACUAUCAGGGGUGUGUGACCACAUAAUUUCUCUCUCUUCGGACCCCAUGGUGUCCCAGGCUGCCCAUCUAGAAGUGGUGCAGCUGGACAACAUUAGGUCCACUGAUGGACUGGGUAUGUACAUCAAGUCGACCUAUGAUGGCCUACAUGUCAUUACGGGCACUACAGAGGGAUCCCUAGCUGACCGCUGUAAGAAAAUCCAUGCCGGUGAUGAGGUCAUACAAGUCAAUCAUCAGACAGUGGUGGGCUGGCAGUUGAAGAACUUGGUGAACUCUUUACGUAGCAAUCCUGCAGGUGUGACCCUCACGCUGAAGAAACGACCCCAAAGCACUCUCACAUCAGCCCCUGCCUUACUCAAGAAUAUGAGAUGGAAGCCCCUGGCCCUGCAGCCCAUCAUCCCCCUCAGCCCAAGUAGCAGUGUGGCCACGCCCUCCAGCACCCUCAGCACCCCAUCCAGACGGGACAGCUGCGCUUUACAGGACCUCUUCAUCCCCCCUCCCCCAGACGAGCCGUACACACCCAGAGAGGACAUGGGGAAUUUGACCGGCAACGGCCAGCAUGCCGCCAAGGGUUCUGAGUCACCCAACUCUUUCCUGGAUCAGGAGUGCCAGAGGCGUUUCCCUCAGCUGGAUGAGGAUGCGGUCCUGUACUGUUAUGAGUAUGAUCAGAAUCAAGGCCCCCCACCUGUACGCAGGGACAGCACUCCCACAUAUGGACGGCUAAGGCCUAUUUCCAUGCCUGUGGAGUAUAAUUGGGUUGGAGACUAUGAAGACCCAGCCAAGCUGAAAAAAGAGCUCAGGAGAGAAAAUUCCCAGCUGCGAUAUGUGAGUGAAGAAAAGGCGGGGCCAGAGGAGUAUCACAUAGGAAGUCGCAGCAGUAGGCGUAGCAGGAGGAAGAGUGAGAAAGGUAGUAGCCCCGCCCACUAUGCCCUUGUCCCCGCCCUGCAGAUGGAUAUGCUGCAACAGGACUCCCUGGCCACGCCCACAUCAGAAACCUCUACUGUCUAUCUUACGUUUGAUCGAUCGUCAAUGCACUCCCGGUCAAAGAAAGUUAAGUUAAGAGCUGGCUCCCUGCCCUCCAUCAGCAAGCGGCGAAUCUCCUGCAGGGACCUGGGCCAUGGUGAUUGUGAGGGCUGGCUUUGGAAGAAGAAGGAUGCAAAAAGCUAUUUCUCCCAGAAAUGGAAGAAGUACUGGGUUGUGCUGAAAGAUGCCUGCUUAUACUGGUACACCAAUGAAGAGGAUGAGAAGGCAGAGGGUUUUGUCAGCCUGCCUGAGUUCAACAUUGAUCAAGCCAACGAAUGUCGCAAAAAGUUUGCUUUUAAGGCUUGCCAUCCUAAAAUCAAGAGCUUCUACUUUGCUGCAGACAACGUGGAUGAUAUGAAUAGGUGGCUCAGCCGAAUGAACAUGGCGGCAACAGCUCACUUGGAGCAGAAGAGGAUUCGACAGGAUCAUGACUACUGGAGCGAAAGUGACCAUGAGGAUGCUGAUCACGUGUCUAAACAGGACAGCCCUCCACCUCCCUAUGACACUUAUCCUCAUGCUACCUCUGCCAGUCCGUUCCAGGAGUCCAAACAUAUCCGCCCCUCCUCCGCGGAGACCAUCCAGUCUCGUUCUGCCCAGGAGGCAUUCCACUCCGAGACACAAGGGGGCAGUGUGAGCAGUGCCAGCUCUCCGGGCCAUAGGUCUGCCAGUCAGCGCCGUUCGUGGCAAGACCUCAUUGAGACGCCCCUCACCAGCUCUGGCCUCCAUUUCCUGCAGACACUGCCACUGGACGAUGCUGUGUUCAUCGAUUCCAACCGAGCUGUGCCUGUAGAGCUCCAUCGCCAGUCCACUCUCCCUGCCCAGCAUGUGCUGCCACCAGAACACUAUGUCCCUCACACUACACCCACCCAACCCAGCCAGAAGCCCAUGACAGCUGGAGGAGGAGGGGGAGGGGGAGGACUUGGAGGAGGAAGCAAGCACCGCAGCUUUACCUUGCCCCGUGAUAGUGGUCUUCAUGCCAUCCUGGCUGCCACCAGUGCAGCUGAACACGGAGAUGCCCAGCACUACCAACUGGGAUGGGCUCAUGCCAGAGACACAGAUCCAGGGCGGGAGCGCAGGCACCAGGCUGACUCAUUGGUAGAUUUGUACAGGGCUCUGGAGAGGACUAGUCUAUCACCAGUCAAUGAGCACAGGUCCUCUUCUCGUUUAGAGUACAAGCGAUCAUUCGUCCGUCGCUGCAAUGAUCCAUUAUUGAAUGAGAAACUGCACCGCCUGCGGAUCCUGCAAAACUCAUUCAAGGACAUCCCUCUUCAAGAGGCAGAGACAAAGAUCAUUCAUCGCGAUGUGUAGCCAGAUUUACAAAAGAACACAGCAGGGCACAGCACCAGCUUUUUCAGCCAUAUCUGCUAAAAAGUUGUUACACAACUCUUUUUACCAAACUUCCACUUCUUUCUUAAAGGAUACUUCUCUUUCUUUUGCUACAACGUUCAUGAUUUUCCUCCGGUUGCACUCACUUUACUUCUGUCUAGUAUUUACCCUCUCUUAUAUUUAUGUUCUUGCACAUGCUAAUGUUGGCAUUAUUUUGUACAUACAGAUUCUUUUCUUUUUUGAACUGCUUAAACAUUUGUGUUUGUAAUAAUGACUUACUGACUUGAAUUUGCCCUCCAACUGGGGCCAAAUAACUGCACUUCCAAUGAACUCUAAAGAACUCUAGCCUAUGUAGUGUCUCAUGACUUAAAAAAUAAAAAAUACAGGGAAAGAUUAGAAUUACUGAUCUAGAUAUUAUUUUAUUAUUAUACGAUUUGCAUGGCCAUUGUCUGGUUAAUAGAUUUCCUGUAUGUGAUGUUUGUUUUAAUGGUCUUAACUGAGAGUGUUAAAUUCAACUUCAUUGAAACUAACAUUUUUCAAUGGUAACUGUUACUGUGACUGAGAGAAGGACAGAUUGUGUGUCUGUGUGUGGGUGCAUGUUGAAAUCAUAGGUUUGUUGUAUAUAAGGUAUGUUGUAAUAUUCUGACCGUUUGCACCCUAGUUCUUGAAAUAUUCUGUGUUGAGCAGCAAGGUACUUGCUAUAAUAUUGAACUCAAAUAAUUAGUUAAACACUUUCUAUUUUUGUAAGCAUGAUAUUUAUUGAGAUGUUUGGACAUCGUUUUGUAUGCUGAAUUCUGUGUUAUCUUAAGAUAACUGCAAGUGUAAAAUCCUUUUGUGUUCCCAAAAGAUCUUUAACAAAUUGAAACUUUUAUGUGAAAGCACCAGUGUUCUAGUAUCUUCAAAAAGUAAUUUUAUCAAUAAAUUGUGUGAUGUUUUGA